GGUAAAUAUGUUGACAUGGCGUGUAGUCCAGAUUGUAGCGCUACAUGACACCGCAUACGUCACGCCCUCUCGCGCUCACCGCGAUCCGCUCACUCACUCAAGAACACUCCACUCUGAACACUGACGCUCUGCACACGCCUGCGAGAGAACUGAACACAAACUUUGAGGGGCACAUAUAGAUAGAUAAAAGCCAUGGAGGAGAGAAGAGAUGGAGGCAUUGCUAAUGGGGAAGCUAUGGAGGAGACAGAGGGCCUGGAAGGGAGCGCUGAAAAAAGACCCGAGGCCAGGGAGAAAUGGACAAACAAGACUGAAUUCCUGCUGUCCAUGGCUGGAGAGAUCAUCGGCCUGGGGAACGUGUGGCGCUUCCCUUACCUGUGCUACAAAAACGGAGGGGGUGUUUUCUUCAUCCCUUAUUUCAUCUUCCUCUUCUUUUGUGGAAUCCCAGUAUUCUUCCUUGAGACGGCAUUAGGUCAAUACACCAGUGAAGGGGGAAUCACUGCUUGGAGAAAAAUCUGCCCCUUGUUUGAAGGUGUAGGUGUUGCCUCCCAAGUUAUAGUGAUUUAUCUGAAUAUAUAUUACAUUGUGGUCCUGGCCUGGGCUCUGUUUUAUCUAUUCAACUCUUUUUGGAGUACUCUACCUUGGACUUCCUGUGACAAUUAUUGGAACACAGCGGACUGCCACAAUAUAAAUGCUACCUACACAGGUUUACACAGACCUGACGCUGACUGGUCUUUCCUCUACAAUGAAACGGAUAAAUAUGGCAGCAACUACAGCACGAGUUUUCAAAAUGCAUCUGAAUGGGCGCCUUUUAAAUUGGUCUCCCCAGAACAAGAAUACUGGUUCCAUCGUAUGUUGCGGGUGGCGAACAGUAAUGCUCUGGGGAGUGUAAAUGGCGAUCUUGCCAUGUGUCUUCUUUUGGCUUGGGUCAUCUGUUAUUUCUGCAUCUUUAAAGGAGUCAAGACCACAGGCAAGGUUGUGUACUUCACAGCUACAUUCCCCUACUUAAUGCUGUUCAUCCUUUUCAUCAGAGGAGUGACUCUGCCAGGAGCUGCAACUGGAAUUGCUUAUUAUCUAUAUCCUGAUAUCAGUAAGCUCUCUAAUCCUGAUGUAUGGCGUGAUGCAGGCACUCAGGUGUUUUUCUCCUAUGCUGUGUGUCAGGGCGUCCUAACGGCGCUGGGCAGUUAUAACAAAUACAACAAUGACUGCUACAAGGACUGUAUAGCACUCUGUUUUCUGAACAGCUCCACCAGCAUCUUUGCAGGAUUUGUCGUCUUUUCUAUUCUGGGGUUCAUGGCACAUCAGUUAGGUUUACCCAUGGAAGAAAUAGCAUCAUCAGGUCCUGGACUAGCUUUCAUAGCAUAUCCCAGAGCCCUCUCUCUGUUACCUGGACCCCAGUUCUGGUCUGUUCUUUUCUUUUUUAUGGUACUUCUUCUGGGCCUUGACAGCCAGUUUGUGUGUGUGGAGAGUUUAGCCACAGCUCUCACAGACCUGUUUCCUGGAGUUCUAAGGAAGCGGCGAGAGCUUUUGGUUUUAGCAAUCGCCGUCAUCUGCUUCUUACUGGGUCUGCCGUUCAUCACAAAGGGAGGAUUCCAUCUGUUUACUGUGAUGGACACCUACGGCCCGAGUGGAACUAACCUGCUCUUUAUCGCCUGCUUUGAGACGAUUGUUGUCGCAUGGGUUUACGGUGCAAACCGUUUCUAUGACAACAUUGAGGAUAUGAUAGGCUACGCGCCAUUCCCUGUGCUGAAGUACUGCUGGCUCUUCAUUACCCCUCUCAUCUGUGCUGCAACUCUGCUGUAUAACCUGCUGGGUACCAAGUCAGUGUCUUUAUCUGAUCAGUUUGUGCCGGACUGGAGUUACAUGCUGGCACCUUUGCUCACAGUCAUUCCUAUGGUUUGCAUCCCAGUCUUCUCGUUCGUCUCUUUAGGAACGGGUCGUGGCAUCAUCACUCCCUCUGGUGACCUGAAGCAGCUGCGACCGGACAGUCCACGCCUCACACUGUUUAAUCACGUAAUCAUUAAACCCCAGAGAUCUCCACACAUUCAGGAAGAUGGAGAAGAGAAAGCAAACAAAGAACACACCAGUGGAGUUUGAUAAGGCAGAGUUAUGAUUUUAUUUCAGGUUAUAUAAUAUAUAUAGGACUUUAUAUUAAAUCAUAUCUUUGACUUUAUAUGAAAUCAAUCUAAAUAUAAUGUAUACAGUAUAUAUAUAUAUAUAUAUAUAU